AUGAAAUUCGCCAAAGAGCUAGAGCAGGAGCUCGUGCCUGAAUGGCGGGCAAAGUAUCUCGACUACAAGACCGGGAAGAAGAAAGUGAAAGCCAUCACGCGGGCCCUUCAAAAGUCGCAUCGCAGCCCUCGUAUCCCGUCCUAUCGACAGCCCACCCCGCAAAGCCGAGGCGCCGCCCAGUUUCAUCUGACGCCGUCCAAUACAGAUAAACAGCUUGAUGUGACAGAUGGGGAUGCCCCGUCCACGCCGCAGGGAGGCGCAGACACACCGGUUCCGCGAUCGACCCCCGCUCAAAAGACCGAACGCCAGCCGCUUCGCACGCCCGGGUCGCGAUUUUCGGAAAAUGUGGGGAGCUAUGGGAGUAUCCUGGCGACACCUCCCCAGCAGCACCGCAGGGGAGGAUCGGAUGCGGCCUCAUUCGAACUGCCUGAUCCAGCUCUCGACCCGGACGAGGAUUAUCUGCCACCCGAGGAACAUAGCGACCGACCGAGAACCGUUCGCACCCCGUCGCCAGUCAUGGACCGACGUGUCGUGGGGGGCAUGACUCCUUCGCCUUCUCAGCCUGCGGAGAGCUCCCCAGCGCAGCGACCACAACUGUCGCAACGCCCGAGCUAUCAAAGCCCAAUGAGCGGCUUAACAAAGGUUCCUUCGAGUAACCGGGGAUCGCAUUUGCUUCGGCGCGUCUUCACCGCGGAGGGAGAGCCUGGUGCGAAACGGUCACAGGACACCGGCGAAGUCGACAAAAGACACGACGAGUUUUUUGAGUUCCUGGAUACUGAGUUGGACAAGAUCGACUCGUUCUAUCUGACCAAAGAGCAAGAGGCCACCGAGAAACUUCGCGUUCUCCGCCAACAGUUACACGUCAUGCGAGACCAGCGUAUCCAAGAGGUCCUGGCCUCGAAGAGAGCAGCCAAACACGAUCAUGCGCAUGGAGAUCAUCGACCGAAUGGAUUUGCCAAGCUCAACAGCAAUCUUAAGGAUACUUUGGUGGGAAAGACCCGCUUUGGUAAGAACUCGGAGGCACUCGCCCAGAUGGCAACUCCAGGGAUGCCCGCACAAGAUCGGGAGUUCAUUGUCAACCGGAGGGAUUUCAGUCGACAGGAGCCUCCGAGCCAAGAAGUGUCCUAUCGCUCUGCCAAGCGCAAGCUGAAGCAUGCGCUGCAGGAGUUCUAUCGUGGGGUAGAACUUCUCAAGGGUUAUGCGUACUUGAAUCGCACUGCCUUCCGGAAAAUCAACAAGAAAUACGACAAAGCAGUCAACGCCCGUCCGCCGCUGCGGUACAUGUCGGACAAGGUCAACAAAGCGGCCUUCGUUCAGAGUGAAGUGACAGAAAGUCUCAUGAUCGCGGUUGAAGACCUGUAUGCCCGGUACUUCGAGCGCGGAAACCGCAAAAUUGCAGUCUCGAAGCUUCGUCACACAAUCAACAAGUCGGGCGAUUUCUCGCCAAACACCUUUCGGUCCGGUCUCUUAUUGAUGGGCGGUACCCUGUUUGCCAUCAAGGCCCUUGUAGACGCUACACAGAGCUUACAUUCAGGCACUGCUGCUGAAAAAGUUCAGACGAGUUAUUUGCUGCAGAUAUAUGGCGGAUACUUUCUGAUCGUGUUCCACGUCUUGUUAUUUUGCUUGGAUUGCAUGAUCUGGACGAAGUCUAAGAUCAAUCAUUCCUUUGUUUUUGAAUACGAUAGCAGACACACGCUAGAGUGGCGUCAGUUGCUCGAGAUUCCCUCUUUCUUCCUUUUCCUGAUGGGUUUGAUCAUGUGGCUCAAUUUCUCAUGGUACAAUCACAUGUACAUUUACUGGCCUGUUGUCCUCAUUGGAUUAACAGUCAUCAUUAUCUUCUUGCCCGCCCGAGUACUAUACCACAGGAGCCGGAAAUGGUUCGCAUUUUCGAACUGGCGUCUUCUGCUCGCAGGAAUCUACCCAGUCGAGUUCCGUGACUUCUUCCUCGGCGACAUGUACUGUUCCCAGACCUAUGCCAUGGGGAACAUCGAACUCUUCUUCUGUCUCUACGCAUCCUACUGGGGCUAUCCUCCCAAAUGCAACUCCUCCCAUUCUCGCCUUUUAGGGUUCUUCCAAUGCCUCCCCUCCGUCUGGCGUGCCUUCCAGUGCAUUCGUCGAUACCUAGACACAAGGAACGCAUUCCCCCACCUUCUUAACUUGGGCAAGUACAUAUUCGGUGUUCUCUACUAUGCCACGCUGAGCAUGUACCGCAUCGAUCUCUACACACGUUUCCAGGCCGCUUUCAUCACCUUCGCUCUGCUGAACGCCGUCUACACUUCUGUCUGGGAUCUCAUCAUGGACUGGAGUUUGGGCAAUCCUUAUGCGAAAACUCCAAUGCUCCGUGAAGUCCUUGCCUUCCGUCGGGUGUGGGUCUACUACGCCGCGAUGGUCCUUGAUGUGGUCGUCCGCUUCAACUGGAUCUUCUACGCAAUCUUCAUCACCAACAUUCAGCAGUCCGCCCUUCUCAGUUUCAUGAUCGGCCUAUCUGAAGUCUGCCGUCGUGGUGUCUGGUCUAUCUUCCGUGUUGAAAACGAGCAUUGCACCAAUGUCCUCUUGUUCCGUGCUUCGCGCGAUGUGCCUCUCCCCUACGAAAUCCCCACCGCGCCUCCCAAUCUCGAUGGCUCACCCGAAGACGUCCAACUCCAAGAGCAGCAGCAACAGCAGCAGCAGCAACAGGCUUCUACGCCUUUCAUGUCCCCCGGUGAUGUCGAACAAGGCACUCCAUCCGGGACAAGUUUGCGUGCCCGUCAUCGUCGCCCAUCUGUGGGUAUCAGUCGAGUUGGCACAAUGGUCGCGUCGGCGCACGCUCAGGACUUUGAGCGGAGACGUUUGCCAACGUACCUGUCCUCUGGAAGUGUAGGACGGGAUAUGGCACACGCUGUGGAUGAUAGUAGCGAUGAAGAAGAGGUGGAUGAAGCAGAUAUGAGCACUGACGAGGACUCGGCUAAUGGGCACGAGGGUCGUCGGUCCAGGCCGGUUUCUGAAAGAAGGGAUCAGAUGGGCCGCAUUGUCGAGUGA